AUGCCGCCUCCUCCUUCUCCAGCGGUGCCUCUUCAUUCACGGCACCUCCUCAUCCGCUGCGUCGCAUCCUCCUCCAAUGGCGUCGCCUCCUCAUCCACGGCAUUGCUUCCUCCUUCUCCAGCGGCGCUACCUUAUCCACAGCAUCGCCUCCUCAUCCGCGGCGUCGCCUCUUCCUCCCCUUGUGGUGCUUCCUCAUCCACAACGUCGCCUCCUCCUUCUCCAGCGGCGCCUCACGACAUCGCCUCCUCAUCAAAUGGCGUCGCCUCCUCAAACGGCGUCCUCCUCAUCAAGUGGCGUCCAAAAUUAAACCAAUUUCACCGCUGGAUGCUGUCAUUGUGUCGCGGCGUUUGCGACAACCUUUCCGAACAUAUUGUGCAGACCGCCCAACGAAUUGGACUCGCCAACGACGGCGCAACGGUAGUUACAACUUCUAUUGAGGUCGUAGGGCGAGAACGACAGCCGCCGCCUACUUACAUUAAUGAGAAUAAUGUCGUCGAUUCAUCGUCAAAGCCAAGGGGUUUGAGCGCGGAGGAGAUCCAGAGGUUGAAGGAAGAUAGGUUUGAGAAUGUCGGAGAUGAAUUGGCGGUCUGUUCUGUCUGUUUGGAGAAGUUUUUGGCGGGAGUGAAGAUUUCUUCAUUGCCCUGCUCUCACGUCUUCCACCAUGGCUGCAUAUCUUCAUGGCUGGAAAAAUCGUCAAGCUACCCUAUUUGUAGAUUUGAUGUCACCAACUAUCUAGCAACAACUUGUUUCUAUGAAUGUAGUUAA